AUCCGGGACCUAAACAUUCUGGAAUCCAAAGUCGACUGAGUUUGCUGGUAAAACGUAGAAAUUUGUUCAAACUUUGUAUAUAAAAGUAAAAACAUUGAAAGAAAGACUCUGAUUUAAUUAAACAAAGAACGGUGGUCUAUUUCAAAAAAGACUGUAGAAAUACAAUGGCUGUUCCAGAAGACGAGGAGAGGGAGCGCGUGUACAAGGUAUUACUGGUGGGCAACGGACAGGUUGGAAAGACGUCAUUCGUAGAGCGCUACGUGAACAACCGAUUUAGUACUGCGUACAAGCAAACCGUCGGAGUUGAUUUUGCUGUGAAAGUUUUACACAGAAACGGAGACACAAUCAAACUACAGCUGUGGGAUAUUGCAGGUAUUAGUUUAUCAUGCAUCUUGUUAUAUUGGCCGAUAGUGUACAUUAUAGGGCAAGAAAGAGCUGCACAGUUUACUAGAGUCUACUAUAAAGGAGCUGCUGGAUGUAUCAUUAUGUUUGACUUGACCAAUCGAAAGUCGUUUAAAGAUGUACAAAAAUGGAAGGUAGAUCUCGACAGUAAAGUUAGAAAUCGAGGCAAGAAACUACCAUGUUUGCUACUAGCAAACAAGUCUGAUCUAGGGGACAGAUGUGUUAACAUAGAUGAGAUAAAUGCAAUGAGCAAGGACAAUGGUUUUAGCAAUUGGAUAGCUAUUUCUGUAAAAGAGAACAAGCUUGUCUCUCAAUCUAUGAACCGUUUGGUUGAUAUUCUUAUUGCUGAAGAUGUGGGUAAUGAUGUGGAAGAGAGAAGUGAUAACGAAUGUGAUGGGUCGUUGCUUGAAUUGAAACAAGAGAAAAAAAAGACAAAGUCAAACGGUCAAACUUCAUUGCAAGGAUGCUGUGUGUAGGCUAACAUUGAAGGCUUAAGCUUGUUGAUAUGAAAUGGCAUUAUUAAGUUGCACAGGUUCUUCAGAUUUCUAGUCUUCUUUGUUCUACUUUUGAUGCAAUUGUUGUUGUCGAUUUGGUUUGUUUUUAACAAUAACUUAAUUUGCAACAUGUGGUAAUAUUAUAUUACAUGACUCUGGA